GUUGACGUAGUGUCAUUUUUCAUAGAAACAUUUACUUACUAUUUAUAGUUUAAUUCGUUUUCCCACGUUUUCAAUUCAGAUUUAUUCAUUUUACUUAAAUUAUAAUAUAUAUAUUAAUAGUGAAGUAGUGAAUUAAAUAACUAAUAAUAAUGGGUCGAAAACUGCAAUCUAAACAAAUGUCGAAAAAGCGAAAUCAAAAGGAAGGCAAUAAAUUUAUUCAACAAAAGCGAAAAGAACUUUCGAAUUUAGUAGAUAAAGUACUUAAAUUAACAAGCAUAUUUCAAGCUACGGGUACUGUAACCAAGAGUUGGGAGCAUCAUUUACAAAUAGAAGCAAUUAUCAAGGAAAUUAUUAAUAUUGAAGCACCAUUGACAAAAAAUGAACAAAGCCAGAGAAAAUUAUAUUUAGAAAAGUAUGUCAGUUGGUUACACGAUAAUGGAGCGCAAUUCGAUGGUGUUGAUAUAUGCGAUUUUGAUGGCUAUGAACUUGGUUUGAAAGCAACCAAAGAAUUUACAGAAGGAUCUCUAAUAUUGACUGUGCCACAUAAAGUCAUUAUGAGUGAAAAGGAUGCAAGAGAUUCAGAGCUUUCUACAUUCAUUAAAAUUGAUCCUCUUCUUCAAAAUAUGCCAAAUAUUACUUUAGCUUUGUUUUUACUUCUUGAAAAGAGUAACCCAGACUCAUUUUGGAAACCAUAUAUAGAGUUUUUACCAGAGAAAUAUUCUACAGUGCUGUAUUUUACAUCGGAAGAAUUGGCCGAGCUUCGGCCUUCACCUGUUCUUGAGUCAUCAUUAAAAUUGUACAAUAGUAUUGCGAGGCAAUAUGCUUACUUUUAUAAUAAAAUUCAUACUUUGGAUUUACCAGUUCUAAAUAAUUUAAAAGAAAUAUUUACUUUCGAAAACUACAGGUGGGCGGUGUCUACGGUCAUGACGAGACUGAAUAAUAUUCAACUUGAAGAUCGACCCACUACAGCCUUUAUACCUCUUUGGGACAUGUGCAAUCAUGAACAUGGGAAGAUAACGACCGAUUACAACAAGGAGUUGAAUCGUGGCGAGUGUUACGCGCUGCGCGACUUCCAGCCUGACGAUCAGAUCUUCAUAUUUUACGGAGCGAGACCGAACGCCGACCUGUUCCUUCACAAUGGAUUUGUCUAUCCGAAAAAUCAACACGACAGCUUGUCACUCGCCCUUGGCGUUAGCUCCAGUGAUCCUCUUCGAGAGGCAAAGUUGGGCCUCCUAACGAAACUUGGUCUCGCUGGAAUAACGCACUAUAACUUAUACAAAACCUCGAAUCCAAUAAGUGCGGAGUUACUAGCGUUUAUAAGGAUAUUUAAUAUGAAUCAAGAGGAGCUGACGGAGUGGUCGGGGCAGAGCGUGCCGGGCGAGCUGGUGUCGGCGGGCGGCGCCGGCGCGGCCGUGGACGCGCGCGCCUACGCCUACCUGCUCACGCGCUGCCGCCUCGUCAGAGCCGCGUAUAAGGACGCCGGGGACGCCGGGGACGCCGAUACCUCCUUGCAUAGGAAUAAUAUAAAACUACUAAAGAAAUGUGAAGUACAAAUAUUAGAUAAUGCCAUAGAGUACUUAAGGAAUGUUUUAGAAAAACUUCCCACCGCUGAGAAAGCUUAAAUAUAUAAUCAUAAAUCAAUUAUAAUUUGAACCUUAUUAUAAUCGAGGUAAGGUCGACUUUGUACAAGUUUAAUUUAACUACGAACAAAUCAUGACAGUAUUGCAAUAUUUUUACAUGUUUUAUACAUCCUUUGUUAUUAUUUAUUUAAGUAAUUUCUUUACAACGAAUUUUGAAUUCAUGUUUGUUUUUAUGUGUGAUGUGAUUUGAUUUCUUC